AAUAUCUUUAGUUCAAUGAAUGGGUGAUGAAGCUGUCACGUUACUGAGCAGUGCUGCUAACGGAAUAAUACCAACACCCACCGCCGCCCUCAAAGAAGCGGUGAUUGAACCUCAGCCAUCAUCGUCAACCUCUAACAUCAAUGAAGAGGUGACAGAGAGCCAACCAACAAUCUCAGUCCAAGAUGAGGAGAUAGAACCUCAGCCAAGAACCCGGCUAUGCGCUGAAUCCAAACCUAAUGACCCGUUUCUUACACGGCCUCGAAGCAACGCAUCAGACUAUGUCAAAAACCCGCGGAGUCCUUCAUCAAGUAUUGAUCUGGGCAGAAGUGAGGACGGCGAAAAAGAUCCUCUACAGAAUGGGGUCCCAGCGAAAUUGAACCUGGAGGUUACUGGCAACCUUACAAAAUCCAGCUCUUUAAACGGCAGUUCAACGUCUGUGGACGACGUAAAGGUGGUCGUUGAGGACAAUGAUGACGUGAUCAUGGAAUCCCCCUCAGUACACCAAAAGGAGUUCUCCCCUGAGGUCUCCUCCGAGUUGUCAUCCGAGUUUACAGCCGAGACUGGAGUUCCAAAAGAGGAAUAUGUCCUUUCUGGGACUGGAUCUGGUGGUUCUGUUGGUGGAUCUGGAGGUUCUGUGGGCUCUGAACCGGAGCCUGGUGCGUCUCUGGAACCGGUGGUGAGGACUAGUUCAGGGUGCGAUCUUCUACUUGUUACCCCAGGUGACACAGUGAGUGACGACGAAGGAAGUGAGACUGUGUCUGAAGCUCCACACCCACCUGAUGACUCUACUGAUGAAUCUGAGGAUUUUGGUGCACAGGAAUACCCUGCGGAAUGGUACACGGACCAAAAACACGUGUUCAUAUUCAGCGAGGCAGGGAAACCAAUCUACAGCAGGCACGGCAAAGAAGAGAACAUAGUGGGGCUGUACGGGGUGAUGCAAGCUCUGCUCAGCUGUGUCCAGGACAACUCUGAUGAUCUCAGCUGUAUCAGGACCUCAAAUCGUUUGUUUGUAUUCCGGUGUCAUCCCCCGCUCAUCAUGGUUGCUAUCGCCCAUUUGAACGAGAGUGAGGAGCAGCUGUGUCGACAGUUGAAAUACGUUCACCAUCAGGCUGUCUUUUUUCUGACUCAGUCCCAUAUGGCAAGGCUGUUUAAGAACAGACACAACUAUGAUCUGAGGCGUCAGCUUACCGGACUUCCCAAGUUCUUCAACGGGAUCAUUCAGUUCGUUGAGGAAGAACACAGCUUUUUGUUAGAAUCAAUCCGGUGUCUCCCCAUGCCACAAUCAUUGCGGAAUGAAGUGACCGCCAUCCUUCUCAGUAACCGAUGUCCGGAGCUCGUUUUUGCGAUUGUGAUCUACGAACGACAGAUAAUCUCCAUCGUCCGGCCCAAACAAUACGCGGUUACACCACAAGAUCUGCACCUCUUGAUGAACUACGUGCAGACAGGCAGCACUCGAGGUCAUGGUGAGAAAUGGGCACCUUGCUGCCUCCCCGACUUUAACGAUGGAGGCUACCUUUACAUUCACGACUCCUACAUCUCUGAAACUACGAACGUGAGCCUGGUUCUUAUAACAAACGAACGGGAGCAACACAUAACCAUGAUAGAGUGUAAGCAGAGGAUUGUAGAUCAGAUGGUCGCUCAGAAGACAAUGGAAAAGUUGGAGGCUGUGCUAGUCAGUCCGUUCGUCUGCUCGGACACCAAGAUACCCCACCUCCAUCACUUUAUCUACAAGAGUCGGAGCUCCCAACAGCUGGUGAGUCCCGAGUACACGGCUCCGUACAAUUCGGACGAGGACCGGAGACUUUUACAUGCUAAAUACUGUCAGGUCCAUGACAAGCUUCAUCACAGUGAUCACAAAAUAUCGAUUUACUACGACAUUGACGCCCGGGAGUCCGUUGUUGGGUACCUGAUGUCUAAUUCGGAGAUUUAUUGCACGUUUUCGCCGUUUGUGACGAGGCCUGUUGCGUUGAAUAACAUUGAUAAAUUAUUAAAGUGGAUCCGCCGAGAAGAGAACAGAUUCUUCAUUCUUGGUUCUGGGGUUUACUGAAUUGGUAAUCUUAAUUUUUGAUCACUAAUAAACUACUUUUUUGAGAUUAAAAGAAACCGCCGGCCAUCUAGUUACUAAAUACUAAAUUAUUGGUUAAUUUUGCGCAUUAGGAUGAUUUCACUUAUGACUAAUUUGUCUCCAGCAUGAUUAUAACUUGAACACGUCUUGAUCAUCCAAUUUAUGUUCCACCUGAAAGUAAAACGACAUGGUGGCAGGCCCAAAAUCAAUUUCAUGUCAAGAUCCACAUCAUUGAGGGGGUACUAAUAUCGGUACAGCGAUCACACAGAGAUCACACAAUCGCCUCAACUCAUAACUAUUACAGGUUGUUCAUUCUGAACCACCUUGUAUACAUCGUACGCGUUAGCUCCAAUGCGGGUCAUUGGUUUAUGUCUUGCUCGUUUUCCUGCAUUUAUCGCAUUCCAUCCGCAAAUAAUCGUGAUACCUUUUACAUUGAUCGUUAUUUUGUCGUGUUAAAGUUUGAUUUCGAUGACAUCUUGUUAAGUUAAUGUGUAAGAUUGGAAAUGUAUAAUCUUAAAUGUUUUAUUUUUA